UACCUUGACGACAACAUGACCGACGCGAACACACACCCGCCGACUCGAGAGAUUGUACAUGUCCAUGUCACUCAUCCAGAUCGGGACGAUCUUUUCCGCAUCGCAGCAACUCCCAGUGAUUUGAUCAAAAAGAAUGUGAAAACGUUCGGCGUACAAUGUACGCAGUGUCAAAAAACGUUGGAUAAACCUUUGAAAUGUUCAAAGUGCAAGGGUGUCUGGUAUUGCUCAAAAGAGUGCCAAAAGAAACAUUGGCCCGCUCACAAACCAGCAUGUCAUGACGUUGAACGCUCCUCGGGGGCCCUCAAAUUCGUACGAACGUUCUUCGCAAACAUAACGCUCAUGAUGUUCCUCAAAGUUGCCAUCAUCUACGACUGUGGUUUGCUCGACAACUCUCGGCUCGGGUUCGACGUGCCUUUCAUGGCACGUGUUGACAUCGCCAUUGAGCCAACUGAUAUUCUCGACUUCGCGGGACUAUAUCUCAAUAAUAGGCCCAUUGCGGAGAAGCUUAAAGGAAUGGUGCAAGUCAAUACCGUCUCUGCGUGGGAUCCGAACACGCAUCCUCCCCUCACGCCGACGCGGCUGCGCUUAUGGCAGGAUGCUCGAGCACAGUCCACCGCAGCAGGUUACGGCAAAGAUCCUGUUGGACUCAUCGAAUUCCUCAACUAUACAGAGAACUCUACCACCGUAGCGGUUCAUAUUGCCAGCUCUAUUAUAGCCGUCGCAAGGAAACGCGAACCCUUCUUAUGUUCCUCUGCUCUCACGGGCAAUCAAUCUCAGAAGCCCAUGGACUCUGCGACAUGUACAGAGUAUAUCAACUUGCAUAUUCGGGCCGAUGAGCAGAAUCAGUUACUUUUACGGACUGUGAUGACAGAGCAAGACAAGGAAGUUAUUCGCGCUGCAGGUCGCAAUGAAGACUCGCUUCCCGUCUCCCUUCUCAAUUACAAGAUGCAAAGAGAACUUCUCUAUGCUAACAUAAUGAAUUUGAGACGCUAGUCAAAUACACCCUCAGACAACAGACGACUGAAUAUUAUCUCGCACAAACUAAUUUUUGGGAAUGUUUGUAACCGUGCUUGUAACAUUGGAACUAUUAUAUUACCAAGAUAUCAUACGUGUAACUUCUACUGUAUCAUCAAAUCAUGUAUGCUGAAUCCGUUCGCAAAUUUAUGUAAAGUUCCAUCAAUUCCGCGUCAUCAUGAUAAAAUCAUGGACAAACUCGAAGGACUUGAUAUGGAUCUUGGAUCC